AUGAGCGAUUCGACGGGCUUUGGCAGCGGGGGAUCGACAUCUGUUCUGACUGUGGGAUCUUCGGACGAAUCCUCUUGCCUUCCCAGCUCCGUCAACGCAGAUUUCUAUUUCUCCAUCAGCCCCGACUCGAAUCCGUCAGCAUGUUCGUCCAUGAGCGUCACCUGGCCGUCCAACACCACAGACCCCACCCAUCUAUACGGCAUCAUCCCCCAUGGGUCGGCAUGGGAAAUUCCUAUUGACGACAGCGGCACGUCUCAGGAUUGGACGGUCAAUAUCGCUUCGGGGACUCAGUUUUUACUCUUGAUGAGCGACGCCGGGCAGUACCAGACAGGAGGCAGCACAGACCUGUAUACGGUACAGAGCGGCAGUACCGACUGUCUGGGAAAUGACAGUCCGACCAGCGCCUCGGGAGGGACGACCAGUACCUCGAGUGCGUCGGGCAGCACAGCUAGUGUCUCUGGCGUAGGCGGAUCUUCCUCUGGGGGGUCGGAUGAUUCUUCGAGCGGCAGCUCUUCUUCAAACCAUACCGGGGCAAUCGUAGGGGGCACUGUCGGCGGAGUUGCGUUUGUCGUCUUGCUCAGCCUAAUUUUCUUCUUCUUUAUCCGUCGCCAGACGCGCCGAAAGGCGGAUGCCGAAGACAUUGCGGCCAAGCCCUACAGUGUGACGCACGAAAAGGCCAAGCGGCGCAGGACGGUCGAUCUGGGGUCGGGCGAUGAGCAGGAAGCAGAGGAGAGGAAUGUGGAGGGUGAAGUAUACCAGCUGAGUCCAUUCCGGUACCCGUCUCCACCUGGCAAUGUCGCCCCAGGAGCGGUGCCGGAAACAGCUCCUCGCCCAACGCAAGAGGGCAAGAUCCAGCCGUUUGUGGCGCCAAGUAGCACUAGGCCGAGCAUCGAGUCUACGGCAGCUGCCUCGCCGCCAGAACAAUCUGCCCAGGGCUCCAGCGAGGUCGAAAGGCGAGCGUCGACGCGAAAAACUGCCCCAACUGCUUCGGCUAAUGCUUUGGCGGCGGCGUCGAAUCACGAGAAUAGACAGAGCGUGGUGGCAGAGGAAACGGAGCGGAGAUUGAUGCAGCAUGAAGAUGCGGGACAAGUCGAGUAA